AUGAAGAACAAUUUACCGAAGUGGGAAUUUAUUCUGUUGUUGAACGUUCAUGGGAUUAUCACAAUCGUUGCUUUGCUCGGGAGUUAUUUCGUGAUAAGAGCGUUUCACAAAUUUCGGAACCUGCGAACUGCUUCCAACAACAUCCUGGUGAGUUUGUCCAUCGCCGACGGCUUACUAGCGAUUCCCUUGAUUCUUGAUAUCAUUCAGUUAUGCCUUAAGUAUAGUAAUGUUGGGCAAUAUCCAAGUAUUCUUAAAGAAGUAGGCGGAACUGUCACCUUGUUUCUCCUUUCGGUCAUUGUUCUUCAUCUCACCUUAAUGAGUUCAGAACGUUUCAUCGCCAUCAAAUUCGCCUUAAGAUACCAGGUCAUAGUGACCAAACGCCGAGCACGGAUCGUUUCCAUCGCGAUGUGGCUGUGGGCUCUGGUCGUUAUUGUGGCUUUUCCAGAGGUGCUUCAGAGGGCAACAGGGAAAGAUUUCAAAGAGUUACGCAGACGGAUGAAGGCAGACAAUAAUACCUCCCAAGUGCUCCGCGUCAGAUGGCAUCUUGUAUUCCAAGCUCUGUCAAUGUUUCUUGUCCCCUUGCUGAUCAUUUUAUGCUCGUACACCUACAUCUUCAUUGUGUCCUACAAACAGAGACAACAUGUCAGAGAACAGGGCCGCGACAUUCCAGGAAUGACCACCGUCAAGCAUCACAUGAAAGGUGCCCACACUCUCGCCAUAAUUGUAGCGCUGUGUCUACUCAGUAUCAUCGCUUUGCUGGUUGUGACAUCCCUUCGAAUUUUCUGUGGCCAUCCAAUGCUACCGGAGAAGAUCGUCUACGACGUGGCCAUGUUUUUGAAUGCCGUAUGCAACCCUCUUAUCUACGGAUGGAAAAAUGAAGAAUUUAGAAACGCUUUUCGUAAGAUGCUGAAAUGCUGCUAA